UCAGGGCCAGAUGCGUCUGCUGGCUGUUCUGUGGAAAUGAGAAGUAAAAUAUUAUCAUCGGAUUUUCUCGGAUUUUGUCGCGUUUUCUCGGGUUUUUGACCAUAGAGUGUUGAACGCGCCAUGAAGCAGGAGACCCGGGCCUUUCCCCCUUUAGAAGAUUCCGCGUCUGAGGAGAGCAUUACUCAGGGAGGCAUAAUGAGAAUUUCAGAGAGCCUACAUUCCUUUCUAGAUGACAAGGAGAGGUCUAAGAUAUUUCUGGAGCAGCAUUUAGAGGUCCUCAAAGCUACACAGCAGCAGCAGCUUCAGGAGAUCCAGCUGCAGCUUCAGGCUGGUCUAGAAAGUAGAAUACAGCAGAAUUCUUUGCUUGCUGCAAGCACAGACUCUUCACUCUAUACCAACGGUCUUAAGGAAAACAACAAUAAAAACCGAGGAAAUAUUGACACGUUUAAUCGACCAAAGAGAUCCACCUCCACACCUGACCUGAGCAUCAAGAUGAACCAGAGAAAGUCUUCCGAUCCAACUCGUGCCUGGGCCUCGAGUGCACAUGUUACUCAGUCUCAAGGCAGUCAGAGACAGACUCUUCUCCAGACCAAAGUGCAGAGCAGAUUUGAAAAAGAAGAGAUGGAGUGGGCUGAGUGUCAGAAGCAGUUCCAGGCUACACCGGUCCCUGAGCAUGUCCACAUGUCCCUUUAUGACGACGCAGUCCGCGAGCAGGAACGUACGAGGCAGGAGGGAAUACAGCAGAGGAAAGAGUUCCUCCUGUCCAUGCAGCAGCCGUUCACCUUCCACCAGCGAGAGCAAAAGAAAGACAGGAUAAAACAGGAAAAAGACACAGACAAACUGACAGAAAACAGCAAGCAUGCCUUACGAAGAAAAAACAUACCUAAAGCCGUAACAGACCCAACCAUCUCACAACAUUUAAAAGAGGAAGAGCAGAAGAGGAAAAUCCGCAUUCAGGAGAGGGCUCAGGAGACACUCAGGGCCUCUUCAGCCCCCAUCCAGAUCCAGGUGCCCAGAGUGCAUGGUCAGCAGGCCCGCACUUCCCAGAGGACCAAGAGCAGGGUGCUGGGCUUCCUAGAGCAGAGACCUUCCUUCCAACCAAAGACCAAUGCUGAGGUCCCUGACUUCAAUAAACUGCACCAGGCCUUCCAGAAAAAAAUGAUGGAGGCAGCUGUAAAGAAAGAAGUCACCCGCUGCCAACCGUUCCAGCUGCGCACAUCAACUCUCCAGCCACGUCAGAGUAGGGCCUACACAGACCAAUCACUGAGCUCCAUAAGCAAGAGCAGUCUAAGGAGAAGCAUUUCAUAUGGUGGCUUGACAUCGUUAUCCAUGGACACUCUUCCUACCUACAUAACAGAUGCUGCCAGAAAAAGGUCUAUGGCUAUAAGGAAGUCUAUGGAGCUGAGGGACAGUAAGGAGCAGGAACAUGCAGAGUGGAUGAAGCAACACCAUAUGAAUUCCCAAGCCAUGAGCAGAGCGCUGGUAGCACGGGCAAAAGCCAUGGACCCCCAUAAGAGCCUGAAAGACGUCUAUCAGCAGAAACUGAAACAGCACAGGCAGGCUGAUCAAGAACGGGUGAAAGAUUAUAAAAAAGACCUGAAGGAAAUGAAAGCUCGAGUGACAGUCCGCCCAUACCUUUUUGAACAAGUCUCACAGAAAAAUGCUAAGACUGAUGCAGAACGCAGGUACAGAAGCACCCUACAGCAAGCAGGCUUGGAUGAAAACUUUGUACGAUCAAAAGGAGAAAAUGACAAAAGCAAAACGGCAAGAAGCAAAGGCUCUGAUACUGAAAGUGAUGGUGAUCAACAUGGUUCUGAAUCUGAAAUCCAGGAAAGGGAAGGAUGGGGGAACAACAGCAUCCAAGAUGAGGAGGGAACGGAAGAAAGCGAGAAAACCAAAGAGGAAGAGGUCUGCUGAGAGUGGUCACGCUGCUGGAAAGAAAAUCCGGCGUGUUUGGUGGGGAGUGUGCCAUGGUCAGACACAAGAAUGCUGGCAUGUUUGUGCUGCUAGGACAUUUGAAGUUUGGGAACACCUUGCCUGCCUCAUUGUUUUUACUUUUCAGCUAAAGCAACAUUAUGUAGAAUUUGUUCCUGUUUUCUCCUAAAUUAACAGCCUUACAGCUUCACGUAACAUGCCCCACUUAUAUGUAAUCAGGAGAACAGAGUGUCUGACACUGCUACUGUAUGUCAGGCUUGCAUAAUGCUCUCUGUGCUGGUUCUGUAUCUCUCAGCCUGUCCAAAAAAGUGUGCCCUUUAGUGUUAGCACAAAGUAAAAGCACACUAGCAGGUGACAAAGCCAGAAGUGGUCAUUCAUUUUCUACACCAUUUGUGGUACAAAUUUAGCAACCAGAGGCAAGUGACAUGGCGACAUGACAAAUCGAGAGUUGUAUCUGUUUAAAUGUGUCUUGGGUGCGUUUACACUUGCAUUUUUAUGUGGCUUGGCUUUACCUAAUGUAUAUAACCUGAUGCUGGAGAUACAUGAAGUGACCAGGCACAUACUGGGAAAAAAUGUUUGGGAUUUGGCAUUAUUUGGAGGUAGCACAAGUGCAAAAUAGAUAUUGUAUUCCUUCAGUACUUUUUCAUUUCAUAGUGUUAAGGAAACUAAACUGGUUUAAUCAUGCAAUUGAAAAACAUUUGGAAAAGUUAGGUGUUCCCAAACUUUUGAUAGACACUGUAUAUUUUAUCUUUGUUG